GAAGUCACGGCUCAGGCUUCAGACAGAAGGACAGGAGAAGUCCAGCCUCACAGAGAAAUACUUCCACACUGUCUAGUGUUCUGAUUUAGAGGGAUGAUGAAGAAGAGGACAGUUGACUCUCCUCAAGAAGGCCCAAGAAAAUCUUCUAUCUGAGUUUCCUGGGGAAGCCUAUAUUGAGAGUACAAGGUGGAUAUUUUCAAUGGACUAAGCCAGUAUUUGAGACACCUCAAGUCAGCUCAUCUGUAUCUGAACUGGGGGACGUGAGAGAGAGACAAGGGCUCAGACAGAACACCCCCCCCCCCCCCCCCGCCUUCCAGGAUCAAUUAUUCAUAUACAUGAGGUUUCCUGUGUGUCAGGGUGGAACCAGGCGAGCUGCGGUGGCUCAGCUCCAAACUGUGGCACAGUGCGACAAAACUGAAGAAGCAGAAAACAGGCGGACAAGAGAGAUAGAGGACACAGGGAGAGCAAAAAAGAUUGUGUAAGAGUUGCAGAUCAAAGGUCACAAAAGCAGAGGGAGAAUCAUUUGAGGAGGGUUUUUGUUUGGCAAGAAUGAAGGCUCUACAGAAGAAUCAGGGACGCACUGACCAGAUGUUGGGAGCCAUGGCUGAAGUGCUUACUUCCGUGGUCAUGCCCAAUCAACAGUGGCUCUCAGAGGGAGGUGAGGCGGACCUCCCAUUAAGCGAGGAAGAAAAGGGGCCUGUGCAGGGCCAGUGGGAGCCAGAGAGGUUGGAGUGGGAGCAGCAGGCCACUACUACAGAAAACCCAGAGCGGCAAGAAAGAACAGACUCAUACUCGGCAGCAGGCAGCGAGGGCAGCAUCUCCACCUCUGUGGCAUCGCUACCUCCUCAGGCAUCAGGUAGCUCUGCCCCCAGCUCCCCGGGCUCCAGACGCUCUGUGAGCACCCUGAAGAAAUGGCUCACAAACCCUGUCCGCAAACUCAGUGCUGGGGCCUCCGCCAAAGGGGAGCUUCAGGUCCGCAAACUUGAAGGGAAGCCUCCACCUCUUCCGCCCCACAGCCACAGCCAGGACCUAGGCAGUCCUCUAAGGCCUGAUGACACACUCACCAUCCUACCUGUCACCCACAGAGAACUGGAGUGGAAAGAUGGCCUGGCGAGCCCCGAGGACCUGUCCCCGGCUACACUACAGUCCCCUAGCUACAUAACUGACUCGCUGAUUGGCUGCACGUCUCUGCCAAACAACCAGGACACUCAGUCCACCAGUGUUCUGCCAGAUGACAGCGGCUCUGUCUUGAUGGACGACACCUCCAGCCAAUGGUCAGCCGCGGCUGACACUGAGGAGGAAAGGAGGAGUGCCUUAGAGAAAAGCAUGUAUGUACUGAAGGAGCUUAUUGAGACAGAGAAAUACUACGUGGAAGACCUGGGGCUCAUAGUGGAGGGCUACAUGGGCACAAUGAACUCCACAAGUAUACCGGAGGACAUGAAGGGAAAAGACAAGAUUGUCUUUGGGAACAUUCAUCAAAUAUUUGACUGGCAUAAAGACUACUUCCUGGGAGAGCUGGAGAAGUGUUUGGCAGAGCCAGAGAGACUGGCUCAGCUUUUCAUUAAACAU